AUGCAUGAAUGUGGGAAGGCCUUCAACAUUAGCACAUCCCUGAUUAAGCAUAAGAAAUGCCACACUGGAGAGAAGCCUUAUAUAUGUAAUGAAUGUGAAAGAGCCUUUUUUGAUAGCUCCACUCUUAUUGUACAUCAGAGGACCCACACUGGAGAAAAACCCUAUAAGUGUGAUGAAUGUGGCAAAGCCUUCAGCCACAGCUCAUCCCUUGGUCAACACCAGAGAAUUCACAGGAGAGAAAAAUUUUAUCACUGUCGUGAGUGUGGGAAGGCCUUUACUCGCCUUUCAGGACUCAAUAUACAUCAAAGAAUUCAUACUGGAGAAAAGCCAUACAAAUGUGAGGAAUGUGGCAAAGCCUUCACUAAUGGCUCCUCACUUAAUCAACAUAAGAAAAUUCAUACGGGAGAGAAUUCCUAUAAAUGUAAUGAAUGUGGGAAGGCCUUCAGACAGAGUUCACGCCUUAUACAGCACCAGAGAGUUCACACUGGAGAAAAACCCUACAUGUGUACCAAAUGUGGCAAAGCCUUCACCAGUGGUUCAUCUCUUGCAAGACAUCAGAGAAUUCAUAUAGGAGCAAACCCUUGAAAAUAGAGUGGAAGUGGGAGAAAGCAUCCAUCAGACUUGGCAUCUUGUAACUUGGCAUCAUGGUGCGCCACUAGAUGGGACAUUCAGGACUAGCGCUCUUUUCUCUGUUUUCCUAUGUCAUUAAAUAGUCCAUAAACACUCAUUAAGCACCUACUAUGUUGGAGAAAGGGAAAAGAUAGUUCCUGUCCUCAAGGAGCAAGGAAGUUGAAAGGAGAGGCUGAGAGGGAUGUUCCUAACAGUCCAGAGCAGUCUAGCAGGGUAGGGAAUUAAGAGAUGGCUGACCUAGGCUCAUUCCUCAAAUGGGGGUUCUGGAAGAGAUCUCUCCCUCACCCCCACCCCCAGUGCAGGAUACUGGUAAUGUGUGCAUGUGCGAGUUCAGGGACUGAAGUGACCUUUCAGGAUGAGGUUUCUAGGGUGUGAUGGAAAAGUCCCCAUAGGGCAAGCUUCUGCAUUGAAUACAUGCAGGGAUCCACUAAAUGGGAAUGGACUUGCUUGAUUCUGAGGAGGAGGGGUGAGGUGGUGGGUCUACAAACUAAAAGAGCAGCUGUCUAAUACUGCCCUUUCCAAAAA